AUGGGGAGGAAUACUCCAUGCGAGUCCAACUCUUGUUUGUGGAAAUUCCCAAGACAGAAAAUCUUGAGAGAAGAUAUGUGUCGAGCGUGUAAGAAGCUGGAUGGGAAAACUCAGUUUCACUUGGCCAGUCACAAUAUUGCACACAAAGGUGUCUGCCACGUUUUGCACCCACACCUUCGGCAAGCGACCAAGGAGGAUCCAUCCAAUCCAAGUGAGAACCGUCACCAAAAGCGAAAUCGUACCUGGACGGAUCGGUACGAAGCUUUUCCGUCGAAAGGAGCACACCAAAUGAUGUGCAAUCGACCUGAUGCUGCUCGCAAGAGAAGCAGAUUGAGAGAGCAAACUCGGCCUCGAGCCAAGGAUUUCUUUCAAAGAGUUAGAGGAGAAACAUCACGGGAGGAACGCCGAAGAAGCUAUCUCAAGGAACUCACUCGGCAAGACAGUCUGGUUGUUCCAAGAAAUGGAACAUCCAAAUCUUCAAAAUCCAAACAUCUGAAAACAGGAUUAAAUUCGUCAAUUGCUGCACUGGACAUUGCAUAUGGAAAAACUCCAGAAUCAACUCCCGACAGACGCCGAAAAGCCGAGUAUGUCGUGGCAGUCUGCAACAAGCAUGCUGAGGUAGGUCAGAAACAGUUACGCGAGAUUGAAGAAUAUGAAAGAAGGAAGAAGCGACGCCGUCUUAAAGAAGGAGCAGCUUCGAAUGAAACAUCAACACCGAAACCAAAGGAGAGUCCACUUACUCUACAUCCAGAUCUUCCCGUAACGCCUCCUAAUACCACCCCGCAAGAAACGACAGAAAAUGGCACCGUAGUCAAAGUGAGACGAUUGCAAGACUUUGGAUCUGUCUCUCAAAACGUCUCAAGCAGGGCCUCCAACAACAAGAAGCGAACCCAAUCAAAAGACGAAAAAGCAGCAAAGAAAAGGGCUGUAAGAGUGAACGCCAUCAAAGAAGCUUUGGGACAAAUCGGAAUGCAACUUAUCCAGAAGCUCAAAAAGGAAAAGCCAAGUGCCCGAAGACCUUACCUAUCGGCUCUCAUGGGCUGCGAAGGGACAUACGGUGCCUUUACAAAACAAGAUGUUCAGGAAGCAAUCGGAAUCAACAUUACUGCCGACGAGUGGACAAACAUCAAGAUUCAUGCCAAGUGGCCAGGUCCCCACAAGCCUGUUGUAAAGGAAAAAAUCAAUCGGAUGAGAGUUGAAAAGGCCGCGUUACUGCAAAUGCUCAGAUAUCUCGACUCACCUGGAAAUACACAAAGGUAUGCAUUUGGGCUAAAAGUCAAGGCAAUUUUGGGAGGCAAUGACUUUAUUGAACUUGACAAUGUGGCCUUGCGCUCGAAGUUGGAAGAAGCCGUUAUUAGGUACAUCUUGGAGGUCGAUGAAGAGUUGAAUGGAAGGAACACAGAGAUUGCCGAGAACCACCAGGUAGAUUGUUGUUGCUCCAAAACUGACAGGGCGAAUCGACAGUGUAUGAAGCCUGAAGGUCAUGAAGGCAAUUGUCGAUUCACAAGAAAGGAUGGCAUCUCUUACUCCACUGCUAGAAAGCUAAUGCAGGAACUCACAGGCGAAGAAAUAUGUAAGCUAGCAGGCUUGGAUGAUGUGAAAACGCUGAAAGGACGGGACAACUGGAGUCGAGCCCGACGCAUCGUCAAUGCUGCAUUUCAAGGCAGUGAAGCAGAAGAGUAUAAGGAUAGGGUCGACGCACAAGAAACCUUUUACACAACUGAUUACAUUCCUCACCUGAAAAGCGUUUCCCAAAACCAAUGCAACUGUUUGACGUGUGGAUUCUGUGACAAAGAUGACAUUGGAGACAUUAUAUGCCCUCAGAAGCACAGUCACGAACCAAGUUGUACGCGAUGCGCCAAUGGCUUUGGCUUGUUCCAAGAACUGAAGACUGCGAUCCAGCGCAAGGAAGUCGCAGCUAAAGCAGCGAACGCAAGCCCCAUGGAGCUUCAGAAACUUGAUCAGCUAAAGUGCGACGUGGAAACCUGUAUCUCUGAUCUUCAAGAGUACAGAGGCCAUCUUGCGCGCCACACGUCAGAAGAAGAGCAAGCGUUGGCUGAAUUGGAUAACUUGGCGGACGAUGCUGCCAUCGUGACUUGCGAUUACAAGAUGAAAAUCGUAUCUUGCUUUUUUCGAGAGAAUCAGAGGAAAUGGUUUGGGAAGCGAGGCACAUCAAUGCUUGGAUUCAUGAUUGUCACAAAUCCUGAAGAUGUUGAGUUGAAGGAGAAAGGAGUGAAGGAUGUGACAUUCGUGAUGUUACUUACAAACGAUGCCUGUCAAGACGAUUGGGCGGUAGCUUGUGCCAAGUCUUACGUUUACAAGAAUCACAUGCCAACCCAUGUGACGAAGUCAAAAUUUGUUGCUGAUGGUGCUGGAUGUUUCAAGUCGAGACUGCACCGUGCAAUUCAAAGAUUUUGGAAAUAUUGGGCCGGUAUCGACGAAAUCGUGUUUCGAAUCACUCCCGCAGGAGAUGGGAAGACAAUUUUGGACGGAAUGUUUGGCAGGACAUCAUCAAUUUUGUCGACUGCCAUUGACAAUGGAAAUAGUUACUACAACUCGGAAACUAUUUUGAAAGCCGUUGAAGCCUCGCAAGGUCUCUCGUCAACUGUUUUUGUAGGGUACUCACCAAAUCGAGAGAACCAGAUAUGCGUUGAGCUUGCAGAGAAGUACCUGAAAUUCAGCUCAAGCAUUCUAAGCAAGAAAGGCAAUCCCACUUAUCAAGGCCAGGAGAAGGGCCGAAUUCGAAGGCCACCCGCUCAAAGAAUCAACAAAACAGGGCCAAGAGAAGAUGCGAGAAAAAACAAGGCGCAAUCAAGGCUAGGCGACAGGAAAAGAGGGAUGCUGGGCUUUAUCUGUGUGAUGAAAAGUGUCCUGACACAGGACAUUAUUGUCGAGAACCACCAGGUAGAUUGUUGUUGCUCCAAAACUGACAGGGCGAAUCGACAGUGUAUGAAGCUUGAAGGUCAUGAAGGCAAUUGUCGAUUCACAAGAAAGGAUGGCAUCUCUUACUCCACUGCUAGAAAGCUAAUGCAGGAACUCACAGGCGAAGAAAUAUGUAAGCUAGCAGGCUUGGAUGAUGUGAAAACGCUGAAAGGACGGGACAACUGGAGUCGAGCCCGACGCAUCGUCAAUGCUGCAUUUCAAGGCAGUGAAGCAGAAGAGUAUAAGGAUAGGGUCGACGCACAAGAAACCUUUUACACAACUGAUUACAUUCCUCACCUGAAAAGCGUUUCCCAAAACCAAUGCAACUGUUUGACGUGUGGAUUCUGUGACAAAGAUGACAUUGGAGACAUUAUAUGCCCUCAGAAGCACAGUCACGAACCAAGUUGUACGCGAUGCGCCAAUGGCUUUGGCUUGUUCCAAGAACUGAAGACUGCGAUCCAGCGCAAGGAAGUCGCAGCUAAAGCAGCGAACGCAAGCCCCAUGGAGCUUCAGAAACUUGAUCAGCUAAAGUGCGACGUGGAAACCUGUAUCUCUGAUCUUCAAGAGUACAGAGGCCAUCUUGCGCGCCACACGUCAGAAGAAGAGCAAGCGUUGGCUGAAUUGGAUAACUUGGCGGACGAUGCUGCCAUCGUGACUUGCGAUUACAAGAUGAAAAUCGUAUCUUGCUUUUUUCGAGAGAAUCAGAGGAAAUGGUUUGGGAAGCGAGGCACAUCAAUGCUUGGAUUCAUGAUUGUCACAAAUCCUGAAGAUGUUGAGUUGAAGGAGAAAGGAGUGAAGGAUGUGACAUUCGUGAUGUUACUUACAAACGAUGCCUGUCAAGACGAUUGGGCGGUAGCUUGUGCCAAGUCUUACGUUUACAAGAAUCACAUGCCAACCCAUGUGACGAAGUCAAAAUUUGUUGCUGAUGGUGCUGGAUGUUUCAAGUCGAGACUGCACCGUGCAAUUCAAAGAUUUUGGAAAUAUUGGGCCGGUAUCGACGAAAUCGUGUUUCGAAUCACUCCCGCAGGAGAUGGGAAGACAAUUUUGGACGGAAUGUUUGGCAGGACAUCAUCAAUUUUGUCGACUGCCAUUGACAAUGGAAAUAGUUACUACAACUCGGAAACUAUUUUGAAAGCCGUUGAAGCCUCGCAAGGUCUCUCGUCAACUGUUUUUGUAGGGUACUCACCAAAUCGAGAGAACCAGAUAUGCGUUGAGCUUGCAGAGAAGUACCUGAAAUUCAGCUCAAGCAUUCUAAGCAAGACAGGCAAUCCCACUUAUCAAGGCCAGGAGAAGGGCCGAAUUCGAAGGCCACCCGCUCAAAGAAUCAACAAAACAGGGCCAAGAGAAGAUGCGAGAAAAAACAAGGCGCAAUCGAGGCUAGGCGACAGGAAAAGAGGGAUGCUGGGCUUUAUCUGUGUGAUGAAAAGUGUCCUGACACAGGACGUUAUUGUCGAAAGAGAUUGGCUGCUUAUGAACGCAGGGAAAGUUGGUGGCACCUUCGAGCUUGGAAGCAGGCCCAAUCGACGUUCUGACGAUCUGUUUGAACCAAUUUGUCCAGCUGAUGCAGACUCGCCAUGUGCGACCGCUGCUCGAUGUUACCAAUGUUUCAAUCGAUCUGAUGUGAAUGAGCCAAACUCCAAGACAGAUGCCCAGGUUUGUUUUCUGCUGAAAUGUUUUGGCUCUGAAACAAAACUGAAUCCAAGUCAGACAAGGCAGAAGAUGAUGCAGGCGAUCGAUCCUGUGGACAAUGGGCUCAAAUUUUGCUCAGCCAAGGCUCACUUACAAUCAAAUGGAGGUCUUCUGAGCGAGGAGCAGAUUGCUUCGUGGCAAAGCCAAGAAGUGAGCAAACGAGAGAAGAGGAAGAAGCCAAGUGGUGAAGCUAGGAAAAAGUCGCUUGAAACUCAUCUUGAGAAAUUCAUGAAGUUUGCUCAAUUGAAUCCUAAUAAUUACUGGGAGACUUACAAGAAAGCUAAGGGCGAAAUUAUCAGCAGCAUUCUCUAUCUGCUUGAUAUUUCUGUAUCAAGCUUGAAUGGAGUGGCGGCAAAGAGAGCAAAGUUGAUUGGGUUGAAUUUGGACAAAUCUCGCAUUGAUUCCAUGAUGUCUGAAGUUUCAGAUCGCAUCGAGAUGUUCACUGUAAGUAUUGCAGCGUCUUGGGGAAACAACCUGCGUGCAGAGGCUCGAGCUGUAAGAGAAGAGGAAGAGUUUGCCCGAAUCCAGGAACUUGCAGCCUCUGAGAAUGACUAG